AUGCGCCAUCGCGUUACGCACACGCAUCGCGGCCGAGUGGAUGUUGCUGCGAGCGCGCAAAUGGGCGUUGUCGCGCAAGUGUUCCAACGUGUGGCGCUUCUUCGACAGCGCGUAGGUCGCGGGGUCCGCGACCGUGCCGUACACGGUCACUUCCGUCGCCUUGAUUUCAAUCAAUUGGCCCUUGGCGGGACUUUCUACAACGUUGCCGACAACCGCAAAACUGGCGCCGGUGCCGCCCGAGUUGAUCACGUCUUGGAAGCCAGGGAUGUCUUGGUUCACCACGACUUGGACGCCCGUGAAGCAUGA